AUGGGGGUGAAGGCUUUUGUUCAAUUCGUAAUGUCAAAAGUACGGCCAAAUGGUAAGAUUUGUUGCCCUUGUAUGGACUGUUUGAAUUGUGAACAACACACUGGUAAAAUUGUGGAGUAUCAUUUGGUUGUGAAAGGUAUGUCCCCUUCUUAUAAGACUUGGGUGCAUCACGGGGAAUCUGUUCCCAUGAAUCAAUCUCAUGCAUUGAAUGAUGACAACCACAAUAACUUUGGAAGUGUUAGGGAUAGAAUGGAAGAAAAUACAGACAGAGAUCAAGAUGAAUUCCUAAAUUUGUUAGGAGAUGUUUACAUUGGGACUAUCAUGAAUGAUAAUGAAAAUGAGGGGGAUGAAAAAAAUGAUGACGAUUAUGUGGCUAAUAAUGUUGAAGAAGAGGAUGUGCGCAACUUUGAUAAAUUAUUAAAUGAUGCUCAAAGAGAGUUGUACCCUGGGUGUCGUAAGUUUUCUGUUUUAUCAUUUGUUGUUAAGAUGCUUCAUGUGAAGGUGUUGAACAAGUGGAACAAUAAGUCAUUCAACAUGUUGUUGGGGAUAUUAAAGGACCUUCUACCGAAGGAGAAUACAAAUUUGGAAAAUUGUCUGAUUUGUCAAGAAUCCAAAUACAAGUUGAAUGAUGGAAAAGAUGAUGCGAUAUUGAGAUACCCGGCUGAUGGUGAGGCAGGGAAGGAUUUUGAUAGGCAACAUCCUGUGUUUUCCCAAGAGGCUCGAAUUGUGAGGUUACGGUUGGCUACUGAUGGUUUUAAUCCUUUUGGGAACAUGAGUCACUCACCACAAGCACCAGGUAGAGAUAUCGAUGUUUACAUGCAACCAUUAAUUGAUGAGCUGAAAGAGUUAUGGGAAGAUGGUAUGCUUACGUAUGAUGCCUCAACUGAAUUAACUUUUCGAAUGCAUGCAGCUGUUAUGUGGACAAUUAAUAACUUUCCUACAUAUGGAAACUUGUCUAGAUGGAACACGAAAGGUUAUUUGGCUUGUCCCACAUGUAACAAGAAUGCAUCCUCACAACGGUUGAAAGGUAAGAUAGGGUACACAGGCGCUUGUCGUUACUUGCUUGAUGACUACCCUUGGCGUAGGAGUCGACUUUAUAACGGUAAGACUAAGUUUGUGUCAAGACCUUUGGAGUUACCAGGGGAGCAAAUCUUAGAAAAAUUGGACUCAAGGACAUACAGACCAUUUGGAAAGCAUCCAACCAAUAAGAAAAGAAAAAGAGAAAAUCCAGUAUUGAUUUGGACCAAAAAAAGCAUCUUUUUUGAGUUGCCAUAUUGGAAAAGACUUAAACUCCAACACAACCUCGAUGUUAUGCACAUAAAGAAGAAUAUAUGUGAUAGUUUGCUUAGAACAUUAUUGAGUAUAGAUAGAAAAAACAAAGACACAGAAAAAGCACACAUGGAUUUGGAAGAUAUGAAAAUAAAUGAGGAGUUGCACCUAAAGAGGCGUGCUGAUAGAUCAUUUGAAAAGCAACCAGCAUUGUACACUUUGUCCUCAGAUGAAAGACAUGGUUUCUAUGAGUUUUUGAAGUCAAUUAAGUAUCCUGAUGGUUAUGCGGCAAACAUCUCAAAGCUACUUGGAACUCUAAAAGGGUAUGUUGCAAAUCGAGCUCAUCCAGAAGGUUCGAUCGCAGAAGCUUAUAUUGUCAAGGAGUGUCUCAUAUUUUGCUCAACGUAUCUGGGUGGGGUCGAAACUGUAUUUAAUCGAGAGGAACAAAACGUCGAUGUUGAUGUGCAUGAGUCUAGGUUAGAGGUCUUCACGCAAGAUGUUCGUCCUUUUGGGCUAAUGCAAGGGCUUUUGAUGUGUCGCAGAAAGAACGUGAACUGGCUUAUUGAAAGACUACAACAUCGAGGAAUAUGGGAUGUACCAGAACAGGAUGACGUUAAAGCUAAUGAUGUAUUCCAACAGAAUGAAACAACUGAUGUUUUCCCAAUUAGCAUUGAAGACCCCGUCAUAAUAUCACUUCAUACAAAUGACAUCGAUACUCAGAUUAUCCCAAGUGAGGCGGUUUUAGAAUCAGUUAGUCGAGCACACGAGGAUGGUGUUGAUGAUGAAGAGACAUGA